CCAGAAACAUUUUCUCUGAAAGUGCCGCUAACUGCUGGAGAAAGAGAGAGAGAGAGAGGGGGAAGCGAGAGCAAAGGCAUCAAGGGGGAGAUCACUGCACUAAAGAACUUGUUUGCCUUUCUCUCAAAGAUUGUGUGGUCUCAUCCCACCAGACACUGUCAACCACCCUUUCCGUCUUAUCUGUCUGCUUUCCUACUCCCUCCAGCCAUGGCACCCACUCUAGCCACAGCAUUUGCCCGCCGCUGGUGGAUGGCGGUAACGGCCAUUAUUGAAAAUCUGCUCUUCUCCGCUGUUCUGUUGGGCUGGGGUUCCUUACUCAUCAUGCUGAAGUCUGAAGGCUUCUAUUCAUACCUCUGCAAGGAACCAGGAAACAGUUCAACAGCAAACGUCUCAUUACCAGCUGUGCCUUCAUCAUUGUCGAAUGAUGCAGAGUUUGAUUAUGACGAGUUCCAGCCUGGAGGUGUGGAGGUGGUCCCUCUGAAACAUCCAGAGGAACACCUGAGGAUGAACGGCUGGCUCAUCUGUAAAGAACAGGAUGAGAUGCUGAAUCUGGCCUUCACCGUGGGCUCCUUCCUCCUCAGCGCCAUCACACUCCCGCUCGGAAUCGUCAUGGACAAAUACGGUCCACGCAAACUCCGCCUGCUUGGAAGUGCCUGCUUUGCCCUCUCGUGCCUAAUGAUCGCUUAUGGAGCCAGCAACCCAAAUGAACUGUCCGUUCUGAUUUUCAUCGCUCUGACCUUUAAUGGCUUUGGGGGAAUGUGUAUGACCUUCACUUCACUUACGCUGCCCAACAUGUUUGGUGACCUGCGUGCCACCUUCAUCGCACUCAUGAUCGGCUCGUAUGCGUCCUCGGCUGUCACCUUUCCUGGAGUCAAGGUGAUCUAUGACAUUGGUGUGACCUUCAUCACGAUUCUUGUGGUCUGGGCGGCCUGUGCAGGACUCGUCUUCAUCAACUGCUUCUUCAACUGGCCCCUGGAGCCUUUCCCUGGACCUGAGGACCAUGACUACACUAUCAAGAUCAAGUUCAGUUGGCUGGGAUUUGACCAUAAGAUUACAGGAAAGCAGUUUUAUAAUCAAGUGACGACAGUGGGCAAGCGUCUUAGCGUGGAUCACACUCACAAACAGAAAGAGCUUGCCAGAGAGGGUCAGAAACUUUGUCUGUCCACCAUGGACCUGGAACUGCAGUCUGAGAACAAGGAGGAAACUCAGUCAUUCAUGAAGAGUAUUUUAAGCCCUCUGUUCAUAUUGAGUCUGGUGACCAUGUGUGUGACUCAGCUGCGUCUCAUCUUCUACAUGGGAGCCAUGAACAACAUCUUGGAGGCCCUCAGCGGAGGAGAUCUCAACACAGUUGAGAAAAUGGAAUUGGUGAGCCUUUACACCUCAAUUUUUGGUGUGAUGCAACUCUUGUGCUUGAUGACGACGCCAGUCAUCGGUCAAAUAAUGGACUGGAAGCUGAAAGAAUGCGAAGAUGGAGAAAGCGAUGAAAAAGAGCCCAACAAGGAUGAACCCCAGCCCAAACGCAGAGACAAACAGAUUCAGAAAGUCACCAAUGCCACACGUGCCUUCAUCUUCACCAACAUCCUCCUCGUCGGCUUUGGCAUCACCUGCCUGAUUCCCAAUCUCCCACUUCAGAUGCUCUCAUUUGUCCUUCACACCAUCGUCAGAGGCUUCAUCCACUCCGCCAUCGGAGGACUUUACGCUGCUGUGUACCCAUCAUCUCAGUUUGGCAGUCUGACCGGAAUGCAGUCAUUGGUUAGCGCCGUGUUCGCUCUGCUGCAGCAGCCUUUGUUCAUGGCCAUGAUGGGACCACUGAAUGGAGACCCGCUCUGGGUGAACGUUGGUUUGCUGGUUCUCAGUAUGUUGGGCUUCUUGUUACCGCUCUACCUGCUGUACUUCAGGAGAACUCUGCACAAAAAGAGGAAGGAGAAAGAAAACAAUGCUAAAAUCUAUCUGAAGAUUAACGGCAGUGACGUACCAGAGGCGUUUGUGUAAAGAAGCUAAAAGAAAAAAAAGCAGAUAAAGGGAAAAACAAAGGCAUGAGAAUAUCAUCACAGCUACACAAAAACACACACUACUGUGCAUCUCUUUCUUAUUGAGUAACUCAAUGGAUGAAAAGAGGAAUGAGACAGAAUGUAACAUGGGAAAAUUGACAUCCCCCUUUUUCACCAUUUUAUUUUAAUUUAUACAUGUGGUAAAGUUUCAACCCUGACUGUCUCUUCAUAAUGCAAACUAGGGACAUUUCAGUAUACGGCGUAUUAGUAUAUGGUAUUUAUAUACACAGUUUUUGCCAACUGGACAUUUUUGAGGAAGACUGAGGCCAGCCUGGCCCGCAUAGACGGCGUAAGGAUGCCAGUUGGCUGUUUUGCCCAGGAACGCAGCCAAACACCCCAUUCAUUUAACUAACCUUCACUGUAUUGAGAUUUCAAUGUAAACCAAUAUGGCCCAGAAUUUGUAACUGUAAUAAUAGUGGUGCAAUGUAAUUGCAUUCACUAAAGACCACUUUCAAGAACAUUUUUCAUUCAUAAUGAUACACAAAGUGCCUUUUUUAUGAAGUAAUGUUGUAUUUAUGAAUCACUUUUGAUCAUAGGUACUUCAUGAAAGCCACGAUUUAUGUAUUAAGUUUUUCUACGACUUGCACAUGAGAUGCAUACAUAAAAGAGGCUGGACUGAUCUGCAGUAAGUGGCUGAUCUGCGAGGAAAGCUGAGGCAACAACAGCACUUUAACACAUGUCCCAUAAAAGCCCUCAUGACCCAUAAUUCCCUUUUUCUGUCUUUCUUUCACUAACAUUCCGUGAUUUCUCAGUGUGCUGAGAGUCAUUUAUGUGUCACUGAUCGUUAGAUCAAGUUAUCGUGGACCUCUGAAGUAAAAUAUUGUAUAUAAAGCACAACUUAACUCACAAACGUGCCUUUUGUGCAGUUUACAGUGCAGUUAGUAAUGCUGAUGAUAGCUGACGGGAAGACCGGAGUCAAGGAUUCUGUGGAAAUGUUUUGGUGUUGUGUGUAAUGUAUUUAUUUCUUAACAGGCCAUAUGGACAAUGCAGCCGUACUUGCAAAGGUUGUUAUAUUAACUUACAUCUCAGUGUUGCAGUGGCUGUUUGUUGUUUGUUUGUUUGUUGUUUUUCAAAAACCUUCAUGUAUUGUUCUAUAUGGCAUUAAUGUUGAAGAUUAUAUUCAAUAAAAUUUGUAAUUAUUA